UCACUUCACUUCAUCCCCUCUUUCUGUUGGUAAAAACAGAAUCAAUCUUGGAAAGUGAAAAUUGCCUCUUUUCCUCACCCCCUCUAUACUCUGUUGGAUAAAGGAAUAUACGGCCAUACACUCCUUCUUCUCUCUUUCCUGGAAAGCUGCUGUAUCAUCCUUCCCUUCAUUCUUAAUUUCCUUUUUGGGCUUUGAUUAUUUUUUCAGUCUUCUUCUCUGUGUCUUGUUCUCUCCAACCCAACUGGUAGCAUGUCUACCCCGGUCUCUCCGUCUCCAUCUCUGUCUCCCCUGGCCCUGUCCUCCCCAUCUCCCUCCUCCUCCCUGCUCCCCUCUCCUCUUUCUCCUCCCCCCAGGCUGCCAGUCUUCCAGAGGAAGGGAGCUCUCAAGCACAAGAGGGUCAUUGAAGUGAAGGACCAUCAGUUCACAGCUCGAUUCUUCAAGCAGCCUACUUUCUGCAGCCACUGCACUGACUUCAUCUGGGGAAUUGGAAAGCAAGGAUUCCAGUGUCAAGUCUGCAGUUUUGUGGUGCACAAACGCUGCCAUGAGUUUGUCACUUUUACUUGUCCCGGAGCCAUCACUGCUCCCAAAGCAGAGAGAGGUUGUGACAUGAAUGUACACAAGCGCUGUGAGAACAGCGUCCCCAGCCUGUGCGGACAGGACCACACUGAGAAAAGAGGACGGAUUCGCCUGACCGUGCGUGGAGAGAAAGAGGACAUAUAUGUCACAGGUGAACAUAACUGUAACUUUUACAAACUGAUGAACACUAUUAGACUUCACGGUAACACUUAA